CUCAUUCAUAGACCGUUAAUAGACGAUUGGAUUAGCGUUUCGCCAAGAUGGCUUCUUUUCAGCGGCAGAGUUCCGCUAUUUCAAACGCUUCAAGCUCAUCUUUUAUGGACAAUUCUGUCCUGUUAUCAAUAUCAACACUCAGGCAACUUAUCAUCAACAAUAUUGAAUAUUUUCAGAAGCUUCGAAGCAGUACAGGAGAGAAAUUUUACACUUUGUUUUGCGUGAUUGAGCAAGAAGCGGAUGCUAUGCGACCGACCGUGGAAGCGCUUGAACGAAUAUCUCACAACUUCGAUUUUGACCCCAAAGUACCGGGCAAUGGAUACCGAAGUUUAGUGCAAGUUGUAGAUGCUUGUGUUGAUAGACUCAUCAAGGUUGUCAGAAGUAUAUCACAAACUCGUGAAAGUUAUUUGUUUCGAAGUGGCUUUCACCUGAAGGAGUUGGAGUCGUACGGGGCGGUACUGGGCCAGCUACGGGUUAUCCUCGGGUACGCUCAGAAGCUGGUCGCCUACUCGGAGCCGGGCAAUUUAUUCCCAAACAAUGAUGAACAGUUUCCCGAGAAUGUUAUGCUAGAGGUUCAGGCUUUGGAUCGAGAAUGUUUUUAUGGCAGAUGUCUUGGCUUCCAGUUUUGUGAAUCGCUAUGGCAACCCUUGCAGACCGUAGCGGUAGCUUUAGCGUCGUAUGCAGAGGGGUAUCAGAAAUAUGAGGGUCCCUUCUCAAGAGUAGCAUCAUCGUUCUUCCACAGAUUCAGGCCAAGACAAUCAAAAAGCGGCAGGUACCUGACGAAUCCCGAAGCGAGAGGCAAGCAGAUCUUAGACAUCACCAAUAAGUCGGACAUCAGGUUCUGCAAAGCAUUCUGGUCCAUCACCGAAGGAGAUGUCAUUGCUGAGAUGUGCAACCUGAUGGCUGGGUCUGUAGCAGUCAAUAAAUUAAUCCAGAUACAGCCUCAUAACUUUGAGAUGGAACGAAGCGACGGUGAAGGUGAGACAGCUACCAUCACUCCCCCCUGCGCUCAUACAGGACCAGCUCCGGUUCAGAUCAGAUUACUAUGCUUCGUAGAGAGAGAAGGCCAGGGAUGGUUGAAUGAAGCUGAAGAGAUAGCUUUCCAGCAGAUGGGUAAGAGCUCCAAGAAAGCCAAACAAAAGAUAGAGAAACCUCCCAGCCCCAUGUCUAAAGGUCUUCUUAUACACAUCCAUGGAGGAGGCUUUGUAGCACACACAUCCAAGUCACACGAGAUCUAUCUGAGAUCGUGGGCCAAGGACUUGGGUGUACCUAUCGUCUCUAUAGACUACUCUCUGGCUCCUGAACAACCCUUCCCUAGAGCCUUUGAAGAAUGCUUCUUUGCCUACGCCUGGGCUGUCAAGAAUGCACCUUAUCUUGGAUCGACAGGAGAGCACAUCUGCCUGGCAGGAGACAGUUCUGGUGGUAACCUCUGCACAGCUGUAGCUAUGAGGGCAGCAUCCUACGGUAUCCAGGUACCCGAUGGAAUCGUCACCAUGUACACACCCUUCGCGGUGCAUCACUCCGCAUCCCCAUCCAGACUACUGUGCCUUCUAGAUCCUCUCUUGCCGUUUGGGGUUCUGAUGCGAUGCCUCUCGGCUUACGUUGAUCUCAAGGAAGAGUUCAUGACGGAGGAGAAGGUGACGUCCAUGGUGGACAACGCCAACGACCGCAUCCUGGGAUCCCCGAAGAGGUCUUCCAUGAAGUCAGGUGAAGGUUCACCGGUCGUUGGAGAGAAAGAAGAGAAGAAGGUUGAAGAGGAGGAGAACGGUAACAGUACUAAAGUGGCCACGCCUACGACGACGAAGGAGGGACUCAACGGUGACAUAAUCAGUGACAUCAUCGUGCCACCAUCAUCAGACAGCGUCUCUUCGUUCAUGGAGGAGGUACCUCCAACAGACAUUGAGAAGUUAGAGCAAGUCAGUGAUGCCAUUGACAAUGCAACGAUAGGUCAAGGUGACGGUCAAACAGACACCAAUGGUGAGCAGUCCAGUCCUGAAGCCAUCGCCAUCUUUGACCCUUCUCAUCCUCCCAAUACAGCUGAUCAUCCAAACAGUCUUCCUGCAGACAUUGACGCCAUCUCGUUGGACUCCAAACCUGAAGCGGAUCGUGAGGAGGAGGACGAGGAGGACUCCGUGCCUCUAUCACCAAAGAGCAGAGAAGAUCUUCACCUUGAUCUCAAAGAAGAAGGAUUAGCAGGAGAUGAAGAAGUCCAGACACCCACGUCCUUUGUGAAUUCCCCCAUCAGGGUGUUUAAGGACGCCCCUAUCAUGAGGAAUCCUUACGUGUCGCCUCUCUUCUCCGAUGAAGAACUUCUCAAGGGCCUUCCUCCCGUCCACAUUAUCGGUUGUGCUUUAGAUCCGCUGCUAGAUGAUUCUAUCAGCUUUGCUAAGAAGCUUCGUGGUAUGGGCAAGCCUGUGUUCUUAGAGAUAGUCAAUCAGCUUCCUCAUGGCUUUCUCAACUUCUCAACGGUCGGUAAGGAGUGCAAGGAGGCCUCCAUGGUGUGUGUGAGACAUAUCAUGCAUGUACUCUACGGUUUCCAGGACAACGAUUUUGAGAAUUUAGGCGACUAAUUUCAAAUAGCUAGUGGAGCUACAAAUCCAGAGAAAAUGUCAAAAAGUCAUUCUAAAUUGUUUAUCAUGAUGUGUUAGCGUGUGUUGUUUUGAUUAGAUAAAUGUAAACAAAAGUGUAAAAACCUCACUGACAAUUGUCAUACGGUGGAUUCACUAACACAGAUAUGCCUGAAUGGGACUAUGUAUUCUAUUGCUGGCCACAAGUAGACUGAUUUAUCAAUCUUUCUUUGCUUAUCACUGAGCUACUGUAGGAAACAUAUUAUUAUUAUAUAUAUUUUUUUCGUGGGGGGGGGGGGGGAGAGAAUGUGAGGGUUAGUAUACCAUAUGUGAACAAGUGUUUGCUGUAAUUGAGUAAGAUGGGGUAUUAAACACAUAGGCAUAAGAGCCAUGGGAAGGCCAGUUCACAUCCAUAGUUCUCAUUGUACAAGAUUUAAGCUGAGACACGCUUAAACCUGUAAGUUAGUCAAACACAACCUCCUUGUGCUAUAAAAGCCAAUGGUAUUCAAGGUUUCAUCUAAUUUGUUGAAUUAGAGAUUAUGAUUGGCUAAUUACAAUCAAGUUUCCUUAAUCACCAAUUGAAUGAGUGGCUUUGGCCAAUCAAAAUUGGUGUUUCUUGUGAUUUAUCAAAUGAAGGAUUCUGAUUGACCAAUCAAAAUGGAUUUUUGGUGUGACUGGUUGAAAGAGAGACUCUGAUUGGCCAUUCAAAAUGGAUGCUCCUUUUAAGUGACCAAUCAGCAGAGGUUUCAUGAGACUUACAUGAAGUGGAGCUUUGUCAAUUUGUAAUUUGAGUUUAAUCAUAACUCAAAAAUCUUUAACUUUCAGAUUAUCGUUAAUUGUACAUUUAGCAUUGACCUCACUGCCUUGGCAGCAUUUUUCUCUCAUCUGAGCAAUGUUAUAGAGUCCCUUUAAGCACGAUGGGGGUAUCAAAUAUUUCUCAAAUUUAGAAUUUAAAUGCAAGGAAAACUUCUUCUACUGUCCUUUUACGUAAAAAUAUUUGAAAGUUUACCCCAGUAAUGAGGUGCUGCUCCCUUAACCCCCAUUUAAUCUUCCUCCUUUUGGGGCACACUGCACACACACACACAUAUGAUUGGUUUUAUACUGUACAUUGGAUAUUACUCAGAAGCAUAUAAAAAGGAUGAAUUUGCUAAGCAAUACAGCUUAGCCUUUGUGGAUAGAUUUAUUAUCUUAUUUGAUAUGUAGACAUUGUAGAUGAGAAUCAAUAUCACUUUAUUACAGCUGCCUUGAUUAUAUUUAUUUUUUCUCAAGUUUGAAAUAAAGACAAAUAUUUUAUAUAUUUAUGCAUGCAAGAAAAUAUUUCUGAAUGAUACAGUCUGUAAUUCUAUAAUAUAUUCAUACUUUUACAUGCUGUUUUUCUGUAUAAUUUGGUUCUGUGAGCUUAAGCUCUGUAAAUUUCAUUUUGUUGAUUUGUAUUAAGAGAUGCAAGUAUAUAAUGUAUUCUGUUUGAACUUUUGAUGAUAUUUGGGAACGUUUCAAUAUCUUUUGCAAUGUUGUGUUUUGCAUAUGAAGCACAUACUACUGUGUUCUAUUUUUUGGGAGAUUUUCUUAUUUAUUGCCUUAAACCGUGAGCAUUUGGUGUACAUGUUUAUUUUUUUACAAGCAAUUAUGUUAUUCUCAUGAAUUUAUGAUUGGCAAUAUGAUUAAAGGCAAAAUAUUUUUGUAAAUGGACCAUUUUCAAAAUGUAUUCGAAAAGCGCCUCAGUACAAACCCUCAAGAAAGAUUACCGAGAGUCCUUUUCAGGACUCCCCAAUCCUCCCUCUCUCUCAUAUGGUGCACCCGCAAGCCUACUGUAUAUUCAAACUUAUACACAAUUUCUUCAAAACAAGCUAUUACAUUCACCUGUAUAUUAUUAUCUCAAAAGUCAGAACGCAAAUUGCAUUAUUUAGUUGUUGCUAGGCCGGACACAUAUUUUGGCUUGCCCUACCUAGCAACACAUACUGCAUCCAGUUUGCAUUCUGACUAUUGUAACUGGUGAAUAAAUAGUUUGUACUGAGGCGCUUGAGAAAGAUGUACACGUAUACAUGCAUUACAUUUGGUAACAUUGUGAAAAUGGUCUAUUCAAACAUUUUCAAAUGUUGAAACAUUUUAUUUACAGAUGUGUCUUCUUCUUUGUGUUAAAUUCUGUUCAAUAAGAGACCUUUGCCGGUAUGACUCUGCGUUAUAAAGGUAUAUACAGUAUGUUUACAAAAAUGAUGUUGAUCUGAGGAUAAAAAUGGCUAUUGUGGAUAGUUUUGCAUAAGUUCUUUGAGACGUUGAAAACUGAAGUACUUGCAACAUUUUCCAUGUCUUAGACGUGAAUUGAACAAUUGUCACAGGUAAAAAAUUUCCUAAGAUGCGUCAGAAAUAAUUCAUUCACAAGAUAUACACCAUUUUAAUGAAUUUGUUAAACAAAAAUAUAUAUUUCAUUCAUAAAAACUCACUUCCCCCCUCUUUGAGGAACAGUUUAUUAUAGGAUUUCUUUUUCUGUUUGUUCAUUCCAAGCAUUGGAAGUUUGUAAUAGACUUUGUGGUAUGAUUUGUAACCCCUCCCAUGCCUUGCAUGGCAAACCCACCCAAGAAUAAGAGGGUUCAACAUUUUACCUGGACUCAGAUUGGCAACAAAUUCUUUCUAAAAAAAAACACGAAACCGUCAUAAGAACAAGUUCAUCAAUAUCUUAUUAAAACUCAUAUUUACUGUCAAACAUGCUUUUCAGUGGGUUGUU